CAGAGGUCAUCUAUCAAGGAUAUGGAAACAAAAAAUGUAACAGAGCUGACAGAGUUCAUUCUCACAGGACUUACACAUCAAUCAGAGUGGCAGAUCCCCCUGUUCCUUCUGUUCUUGAUGAUAUACCUCAUCACCAUUGUGGGAAACCUUGGUCUAAUCACGCUCAUCUGCAAUGACCCUCACCUUCACAUCCCCAUGUACUUAUUCCUUGGGAAUCUGGCCUUUGUGGAUACUUGGUUAUCCUCCACAGUGACCCCCAAGAUGCUGCUCAACUUCUUUGCCAUGAGCAAAAUGAUCUCUCUUUCUGAAUGUAAGAUACAGUUUUUUUCCUUUGCAAUUUGCGUAACCACAGAAUGUUUUCUGCUGGCGACAAUGGCAUUUGAUCGCUAUGUAGCCAUAUGCAAACCAUUACUUUAUCCAGUGAUCAUGACGAAUAGACUAUGUAUCUGGCUGUUAGUUUUGUCAUUUUUAGGUGGCCUCUUCCAUGCCAUAAUUCAUAAUGCUUUUUUACUCAGAUUAACCUUCUGCAAUUCCAUCAUAGUAAAUCACUUUUUUUGUGACAUUAUACCAUUGUUUAAGAUUUCCUGUACUGAUCCUUCCAUUAAUUUUCUUAUAGUAUUCAUUUUUGCUGGAUCGAUACAGGCAUUCACCAUUUCCAUCAUUCUUGUCUCUUAUACACUUGUUCUCUUUACAAUCUUAAAAAAGAAGUCUCUACAAGGAAUAAGGAAGGCCGUCUCCACCUGUGGAGCCCACCUCCUGUCUGUCUCUUUAUACUAUGGGCCUCUUCUCUUCAUGUAUGUGCUCCCUGGAUCUGCACAAGAAAAUGAUCAGAAUAUGAUGGACUCUCUGUUUUAUACUGUCAUAAUUCCUUUCUUAAAUCCAAUAAUUUACAGCCUGAGAAAUAAGAAAGUCAUAGACUCACUGACAAAAAUGUUAAAGAGAAAUGUUUAGCUAUCAUAUUAAUAAGUAUUCUCUUUUCAUUAAAACA